CGGUUUGCGUGUCCUACGCAUGCGUAACGGGGGGCUCGGCCAUGGCGGGCGGCGCGGCGCUGAGGGCGCUGAUGGCCGCCGUGGCGGUGUGGGGGGCGCACGGGCUCUAUUUCCACAUCGGCGAGACCGAGAAGCGCUGCUUCAUCGAGGAGAUCCCGGAUGAGACCAUGGUGAUCGGAAACUACCGGACACAGCUGUGGGACAAACAGUCGGAGUCGUUCCUGCCCUCCACGCCGGGACUGGGAAUGCACGUGGAGGUGAAGGACCCCGACGGCAAGGUGGUGCUGUCGCGGCAGUACGGCUCCGAAGGGCGAUUCACCUUCACCUCCCACACGCCCGGAGAGCACCAAAUCUGCCUCCACUCCAACUCCACCCGCAUGGCGCUCUUCGCCGGAGGCAAACUGCGGGUGCACCUCGACAUCCAAGUGGGCGAACACACCAACAACUACCCCGAAAUCGCCGCCAAGGACAAACUGACGGAGCUGCAGCUCCGCGCCCGCCAACUCCUGGACCAGGUGGAGCAGAUCCAGAAGGAGCAGAACUACCAACGGUACCGCGAGGAGCGUUUCCGCAUGACGAGCGAGAGCACCAACCAGCGGGUGCUGUGGUGGUCCAUCGCCCAGACCUUCAUCCUCAUCCUCACGGGCAUUUGGCAGAUGAGGCAUCUCAAGAGCUUCUUUGAGGCCAAGAAGUUGGUGCUCUGGAGAUGUUCCCUCAGGCUCUGGAGAGUUCCCUCAGCCUCUGGAGAUGUUUCCUCAGCCUCUGGAGAGUUCCCUCAGCCUCUGGAGAUGUUUCUUCAACCUGUGGAGAUGUUUCCUCAGCCUCUGGAGAUGUUUCCUCAGCCUCUGGAGAUGUUUCCUCAACCUCUGAAGAGUUCCCUCAUCCUCUGGAUAGUUCCCUCACCCUCUGGAGGAGUUCCCUCACCCUCUGGAGAUGUUCCCUCACUCUCUGGAGGAGUUCCCUCACCCUCUGGAUAGUUCCCUCACCCUCUGGAGAUGUUCCCUCACCCUCUGGAGAGUUCCUUCAACCUCUGGAGAUGUUCCUUCAACCUCUGGAGAUGUUCCUUCAACCUCUGGAGAUGUUCCCUCAACCUCUGGA